AAGAGUCGAGUCAUUGUUGACACACCCCACACCCGUACGAGGGCCUAGCCACGCAACCUUCGUCGUGGCCUCGCUGACAUCUGGUUUUUUCCCUCGACCAUGGCUGACCGGAUGACGACGAUGGCGCCCGAUUACGGCAGCUCGAGCUCGUCGGAGCUGGAGGACGAGCCACCGGGGACCGCAUCACUUCCGUCCGACUUAAGCGCUCAUGAAGCCAUAGAUGAAUCAGACACCGCCCACUCGUCCGGCAGCGAUCAGGGCUCGUCGGACGUCAAAUUCGGGACCGUUACCAACACCUUGAGAUGCUCGAGGAGAGCCUGAAGCAGAAUAUUAUCGUCGCGAUGGAUACGGGGAGUGGAAAGACCCAAGUUGCUAUCCUUCGUAUCAAGAUAGAGCUUGAGCGGAAUGAGAAGAUUGCUUGGUUCUUGGCCCACACCGUGGCUCUCGCUGAGCAACAGUUCGAAGCGAUCCGAGCGCAGACUCCGGGCGUUCAGUCCAAGCUGAUUGUUGGGUCCGACAACGUCGAAGCGUGGUCGACCCAGGCCGUGUGGGACGCGGUGCUCUUCAACACGCGCAUCGUCGUGUCCACUUACCAGAUCCUGUUCGACGCCGUAUCGCACGCCUUUGUGCCGCUCUCGUCUCUCUGUCUGAUUGUGGUCGACGAAGUGCAUAAUGCCCGCAAAGAGAAUGCUGUGGCGAGGCUGAUGAGGGAGCACUACUCCCCCCGCAAGGCCAAAGGUCUCCCGGUUCCACAGAUCCUGGGACUCACUGCGAGCCCCCUGGUCAGGUCUGACCUGCACGAGCUCGAAGAACUGGAGCGGACCAUGGACGCCGUCUGCAAGACACCGAGCAAGCACCGGGACGAGCUGAUGGCGCAAGUCAACCGGCCGCAGCUGGUGACCGUCCCGUACGGCGACAUAGCCAACCCCGAGGGCGCUGACCAGACCACCCUGAACCUGGCCAGAUUCAAAACGGCCUUCCAGGCGCUCGAAAUCGCACGCGACCCGUACAUCUUGCACCUGGCGGCCAACAACACGGCCCGGAACCAGGCAAAGCUUGUCGAGGCGAUUAAUACGAGAAGGACUUACUGCCAGGGGCAGAUGAAGUCCUUCUACAACAGGGCCUCCGAUAUGUGCGAGACCCUGGGACCAUGGGCCGCGGAUUACUAUAUCCACAGGGUCAUCUCUGCCUUUCUCCAGGAUCGGGGGAAUGCUAGUACUACUACGAACCAGCCCAACGACAACUUGGCGGACCGAGAACGGCGGUAUCUCGCCGAGGCCUUCACGAGCGUAAAUGCACAGCCGCCGCCCGAGACGCCGGCCGGUCUCUCGCCCAAGGUCAGAGCUUUGCUCAACAUCCUCGAGUCGUACCAGGGGAACCCCGUCGGGAUCGUCUUCGUCCGAGAGCGAGCGACCGUCGCCGUGCUGGCCCAUAUCCUGUCCGUCCAUCCGCAGACACGGAGCCGCUACCGGGUCGGGUCGAUGGUUGGCACGUCCAGAAUGCCGGCGAGGGGCCGGGAUUUCCUGGACCUGACGCACAAGGACUAUCUGCUCUCGCUGCACGCGUUCCGGAAGGGGACCACGAACCUGGUGGUGGCGACGAGCGUGCUGGAGGAGGGCAUCGACGUGCCGGCGUGCAACCUGGUCGUCUGCUUCGACGAACCGAAGAGCCUGGGCUCCUUCAUCCAGCGCCGCGGCCGAGCGCGCAUGUCGGCGUCCCAGCUGUACAUCCUCGUCGAAGACAGGUCGGACAGCGCGGCCCGCUCAUGGGAAGACUUGGAGCGCGAGAUGAAGCGCAAGUACGAAGACGACAUGCGCGAGAUCCCGGACCUGGAACAAAUCGAGAACAGCGAGGUGCUGGAUUACCCGCUGCUCCGCGACGCCGAAACCGGCGCGCAGCUCACCAUCCACGACGCCAAGCAGCACCUCGAGCACUUCUGCGCCACGCUCUCGACGCGGAAGUUCGUCGACUGGAGCCCCUUCUACGUGGUCCACGACCUGGACGGGAACCCCGUGGACGCCCGCGAGCCGGGGCUGCGCAAGGCCACCGUCCACUUGCCCGUCUCGCUGGCGCCGGAGCUGCGCUGCUUCGAGAGCCUCUACGCGUGGCCGUCCGAGGCCAACGCGUGCAAGGACGCCGCCUUCCAGGCCUAUGCCAAGCUCUACGAGGCUGGCCUGGUCAACCGCAACCUCCUGCCGAUUCGGGAGAGCGACUUGGUGCGAGACGUCGAGCCGCGCGCCGGCCUGGCCACCGUCCGGGAGCAGUUCAACCCCUGGCCGCGGGUGGCGCAGGCGUGGAGGGACGGGGCCGCGACCUCGAGCAGGAGGCUGACGGUGCUGAGCCGCGAAACGUCGGUCCGCGCCGAGUUCGAGCUGGUGCUGCCCGUGCCGGUGCCGUACAUGGAGCCCUUCGAUCUGCACUGGGACUACAGCUCGUCGUGGCGGGUCCAGAUGGAUCCGGACGAGGUCAUGUCAGGGGUCGAGGGAACAGUCAGCAGCCGAGCGGACCACACAUCUGCGCUACUUGCGAUGGCGUUCGGCCACCGCUGGCGGAUCCAGGAGAAGCAGUAUCCCGUCCGUCUGGCCUGCCUGGAGGGGGAUCUGAGUCUCGAUGGCCUAAUCCGAGAUGUCGCAAACCAGAACCAUCCGUACUUCUACCUGGACUGGCUGCCGUCCAAGCCCGCGGCGGAUCUGGUCGGAAAGCCUUAUCAGGGCUUCGACGAGGCGCCCGAGGACAUCCCCUAUGUCGCGGUCAAGAGCUGGCCCAAAAAGGCUGGCGGAUUCCGGCCGUUCCACCCCAACGCCGCCCCGGUCCCCAGCAGCAAGCCAUACCCCCGCGUCCUGCCGGCAAGCCAGCUGCGGGUCGACAGCGUCCCUGCGGUGUAUGCACAUGCCGGCAUGCUCAUCCCCGCCAUCACGCAUGCGCUCGAGGUCCACCUCGUGGCCCAGGACCUCCUGGAGUCCCGCUUGCAACAGACGGGCAUCACCGACCUGUCGCUCGUGGUCAUGGCCGUCAGCACGAGCGGGUCGCGAGGACCGACCGACUACGAGCGAAUAGAGUUCCUCGGAGAUUCGAUCCUCAAGUUCUGCACCACCAUCAACUGUUCUGCCAAGUACCUAAAAUUCCCCGAGGGUUAUCUGUCGCCCCUGAAGGACAAGAUCGUGGCCAACUCGCGUCUGUUCCGCGCCGCCGUCGACUUCGGCCUGGACCGCUACAUCUGCCACAAGGCCUUCACCCUGCACAAAUGGCGGCCCACCUACGUUGAGGACCUGCUCGAGCACCCGCCGUCGUCCGCGACCGACACGCGGAAGUUGUCGACCAAGAUCCUGGCCGACGUGGUCGAGGCGCUCAUCGCGGCCUCGUACCUCAGCGGCGGCAUCCCCCGAGCGCUCGCGUGCAUGUCGCUGUUCUUGCCCGACUUCGAGUGGAAGAGCAUCGAGCACGGCCGCGAGGUCUUGUAUAACAAAGCUCCUGCCGACGAGCCCCUUCCGGUGACGAUGCAGCCCCUGGAGUCUCUGAUCGGGUACACCUUCACCAAGAAAUCCCUCCUCGCCGAGGCAAUGACCCACCCCUCCUGCACGGGGCCGGGCAUCCGCGCGUCGCUCGACCGCCUCGAGUUCCUGGGGGACGCCAUACUGGAUUACAUCGUGGUCACCAGACUCUUCAGCUACCAUGCAGCCGCAAAACUGGAGAACUCCACCCUGCACCUGUUGCGCACCGCGCUGGUCAACGCCGACAUCCUCGCCUUCUUGGUCAUGGAAUGGAGCAUACCACUAGAAAGGGUCGAUGUGGAAGACGACCCCAUGGAGUUGGACUCGAACUCGAAGUCUAUCUCCGACACUCUCACCCUGAAGAAAUCUCAGACCAGCCUCCCGCUCUGGUCCUUCAUGCGCCAUGCCUCGCCCGACAUGGGCGCCAUCCAGCGCGCCACGUCCCUCCGACACGCCGCCAUGCGCCAGCAGAUCGCCGACGCGCUCUGGGGGGGUAAACGGGGGCGCGACGACGACAAGCGAUACCCCUGGUCGCUGCUCUGUCGGCUGCAGGCGCAGAAGUUCUACUCGGACGUGCUGGAGGCCUUGCUGGGCGCCGUGUGGGUCGAUUCAGGCUCCAUCCAAGCCUGCGAGGCGAUCGUCGAGAGACUGGGGAUCUUCCCGCUGAUGGACAGGUUGUUGAGGGAUGAGGUCUGGCUGCUGCAUCCUAAGGAGGAGCUGGGCCAGUUGGCCGGCAGGGAGAGGGUCGUGUACGAGGUCGAGGCUGUUGUGCAGCGUGAUGAUGGUGGUGAUGAUGAUGGUGCUGAUGGGCUUCUUGCGGGUGGUGAUCAUUAUUAUGGCGGGGAUGGGACUGCGGAGAGGGUGCUGUUUGCGUGUAGCGUGUUUGUUGGGGGGGAGUGUGUUGGGACUGCGCAGAAAGGGGCGUAUAGUAGGGAGGAGGCCCGGAUUAGCGCUGCCGAGGUGGCGUGUCGCGUUUUGAAGGAGAGGAUGAGUGAGGGGGAAAGCGGGGACGCGGAUAUAUAGGGUACCAGGCAGGGAGAACGUGCUCUUUCUGUGUUGGCGUUGUUGUUUCUGUUGAAAUUGAACUGUCCUAUCCUGGUGUUGGAUCAAAGGGGGGGAUGGAUAGACGUAGGGUUAGGGUCAAGAUAGCACUUUCUAUAACAAACCUGGUUGAGCACUCAAGCCUGCGGGUCCAAUAAGCU